UCUGUUACAAAAAAAUUACAAUUAUUCCAGAAACUCUUUGAAACUGUAUAGCUCUCGAUGGAGUAAUGAUAUGGAAACAGGAAAAAAGAUAUCUAGGUCAAUUGACUCUAUGGGAAUUAAUUACAACGGAAUCAAAUAACGCGGGCGAAUGGUAAAGUUGUAUAAACAUCUGUAAACGUGACACUCUCCCGCGCAGUCUGACUCCCCAGAUAUUUUGAUUGAACAGAAUUCAGGGUGAAUUCAAUUAUCUAACGAGACUAAUACAACGCAACUUCAUUGAUACCAUAUUCAGGUAACGAGAAUCUCUGAAAAGUGUAAACAAAACACUGCCUACCCUCGAUAAUUCUGGGCAGCAACAAUUUGAGUGAUGGCAAGUAAGCGAACAGCAACAUCCGAAUUGAAUCACGAAAAUUGGAACAGUGAGGACGUACCCGAGGACGCAGGAAAAUUUGCUGUAGCAUCGCACGAAAUUCUCGAGAAGAGAGUUGUGAGAACCGCCAAGAGAAGAUUAGGAGGAGGUGAAGGUGGAGCUACGAAAAAUGCUUUUGGAUCAUUCGCAGGAUUCAAAACAUCGCCAACAGCCACAACAGCAGCCUUCAGUUUUCUAAAAUCAAAGUCAGCGCCUGCAAUCCCUUCGUCUCAGCCCUCGACGAUGUUCUCACUGACAUCAUCCAGCAAUGGCUCAGCGCAGACCCCCGAGAACGGGUUGUCCAUGUCGUCAAUGCCCUCGAUGCACCUGGAGAAGCCAUCGGAAAGCCAGCAGAAGCCAUUGCAAGAGAAAAAGGAAACAAUAUUCAAGGAGUCCUCUGAGUACUUCGCCAAGCUCAAGGGUCUGAACGAGAGUGUUGCUCAGUGGAUAAAGACCCACGUGGACGCCAACCCCUUCUGCAUCCUGACUCCAAUCUUCAGAGAUUACGACAGGUACCUCAAGGAGAUCGAAGCUAAACGUGAGGAGCAGACAGUAAAGACAUCAGAGGAUGCUAAAACCUCCAAGGAACCACCAAAGUCUGGACUGUUUGAAAUGCCGACGAAGAAUCCCUCUGAUUCCUCGGACUCUGUGUUCACCCAGAAGACUGCUCCCACCUCAGGAUCCAUCUUUGGUUCUGGACCCUCUGGAAAGUCGAUUUUCGAGGAUGCUGAGGGAAAAAAUGCAUUCGGAGGUGAUGCGAAUCCAUUCUUAAAUAAAAAAACAGAAUCUCCAAAUAAACUUGCGGAGCAGAAGCUAGAGAAGACGGAGACGAAAGCUCUCUCAUUUCCUCAGACGACUACUGGUACCUUCAGCUUCGGUCAGAGCUCAACCACUGGUACAAGCUCUGCGAGCUUCACCUUUGGCUCUGGGAAGCCAUUCUCCUUCGGUAGCAGUGUCGUGGCUCCACAGGUUUCUGAGGGAAAAGACGGGGCCGAGGGUAAUGAAGACGAGGAUGAGCCACCGAAGGUCGAAUUCAAACCAGUCACUGAAGCGGGGGCUAUUUACGAAAAAAGGUGCAAAGUAUUCUUUAAGAAGGACAAGGUCUACAGUGAUCGAGGAGUAGGAAUUCUUUUCUUGAAGCCAACGCCCAGUGGAAAAACACAAUUAAUCGUUCGGGCUGAAAAUUCCCUGGGGAAUCUACUCCUGAAUACUCUCUUGACAGAAUCACUUCGCACCCAGAGGAUGAAUAAAAAUACUGUAAUGCUGGUCUGUUUGCCAUUGCCAGACUCUCAACCCCCUCCAGUUCCAGUGCUCUUCAGGGUCAAGACCAGCGAGGAUGCUGACAGUCUCCUCGAGCAACUCGAUAGCCACAAAAAAUAAUUAGGUAGUACCUCAUCAGCCAGUAUCGAAAUUUUGAUCAAUCAAAUUCUAGAAUAGUAUUUAAGUUGUUAAAUUACUAGUGGCAAGUCUAUGAGAUCGUGGUUAGUCAGGAUUUCAAAAUUUUUAAUGACACUCGCAAUAACUAAUUUGUUUGGAAAGAAAAAUUCCUAUGUGACGAUAUUAGUGGAAUUCUGUUCAUUCGAUUGAUCAAAAACUUUGGGUGAUUCAAUUUUUGUAAUGAAAAUUAUUAUUAUUACAUAACUUGAUUUUUUACUACCAUUCGGUUAAAUAUGAAACUGUACGCUACGUAAGCACUUGUAUAUAUAAUAAAGAAAA